AUCUUUUAGUGGGUUGUAUACUUUGAGAAAUAUUCUUUCUUGAGAGACGAAAAAAUCAACUUUUUGUACCAAAAAAACCAUGAUUAUCUCCGAAUUUUUUGUGGCAAAAAGAAAAAUAAAUGUGUGGAGUGAGUAUUUUGCGAAUUUCCGUGCUAUUCGUGUAAAUUGAAGGCUGUAGAAAGGAGACGCGAGAAAGGAAGUUCUAAGCUUCUGUAGCUGGAAAUUGAAGUGAAUUCAAUUCAAAAAUACACCCAAAAAAGGAAGAUUUUCAUUGUGUGCUCCUUCAGUGAGGAAAUUCUCUUUAUUCUCCACUAAUCUCGCAUCAUCUUCGCGGUAUAUUGUGUUGCAUUCGUUCACCUUUGGGGAUUAUGGAAUUCCUGAACAUUGCAGCAUAAGCCAGCAUAGAGAGAACGUUCUUUUGCUUGAAGGAUUGGAACUUGCUGCCCUGAGAAAGUUCUCUUAAACAUUUUGAGAAGCCAGAAAAUCUUGAAAAGAAUCAGCAGAAGGCAAAAAGAAAAUGAUCAGUGCGCCUUAUCGUGUGGUUUUCGUUCGUCAUGGUGAAAGUGAGUGGAAUAGCUUGAAUCUCUUCUGUGGCUGGCACGAUGCCGAGCUGAGUGAUAAAGGCAAAUGGGAUGCAGUGAAUAUUUCAGCAAAUGCUCUCAAACGAUCAAACUUUACCUUUGACAUUGCCUUCACGUCUGCCCUCACGAGAGCUAAUCAGACACUUGAGAUCAUUUUGCAUGAGUUGAAUUGCACAAAAAUUCCCAUUCAUCAGGCAUGGAGGCUCAAUGAGAGGCACUACGGGGGUCUUACGGGGUUCAAUAAGCGCCAAAUGGCCGAUGUUUAUGGGGAGGAUCAGGUACAAGUUUGGCGUAGGAGCUUCGAUGUGCCACCACCGAAGAUUACGAGCGUCAAUCCCUUCUACGAGGCAAUUCGGAGUAAUUUGAAAUUCAGGAAAAUCCCCCUGAAUGAUUUUCCCGACACUGAGACACUCAAGUCAACAAUGACGAGGGUUAUCCCCUACUGGGAGGACUCAAUUAUACCGGAAAUUCGUCAAGGGAAACGUGUCCUGAUUGUAGCUCAUGGUACAAGCCUUCGGGGACUUGUGAAGCACAUUGAAUCUCUGAGUGAAUCUGAAAUCAUGAAGUUCAACCUACCAAACAGCAUUCCCUUCUACUAUGAUCUCGAUGAGAGCAUGAAGCCCGUGGGUAAGAUCAAGUUUCUCGCAGACGAUAAGACCGUCCUCAGUGCAAUGAGUAAGGUGGCAUCCCUUGACAGUAAAUAAAACAUAUGCGCGCGAUUUUUUUUAUGCUUUUUAUGCCAAUUUAAUGGAUAAAAUAUAAUUCAGGUAAAACUUUAUCUUCGUAAGAUUGCCAGUACAAAAAAAUCCUUGUUGGAAUGUUUAAUUGUUUUUAUCGAAUAUAAAAUAAUAUUGUUAAGAUUUUGUAAUUUGUAAAAUGAAAAUAAAAAUUUCGAUACAUGUUGCAUGUAAAA